AUGUCCAAACAACCUACCAAAGUCCUCUUUCUGGCCAACAGCGAACAUGGUCAAACGAACAUCAUCCUGGCAAUCACGCACGAGCUCCUCGUCCAAGGAGACGUUGAAGUCCAUAUUGGCUCAUUCCCGGUCCUUGAGCGCCGGGUGGAGAAACUUCUGGCAGACAACGCACCUGCUUAUGACGAGUCCUUCCGGUCGCGUAUUCAUUUCCACCCUGUAAGGGGUCCCUCCAACACCGAUGUCUUUAUCCGCACAGGCAAGCGUGGUGCCUUUCACCCCCCGGGCUACCAUGGUGCUGUCCUUGGCUUCCAGUCUCUGUGUGAAGACAUCUGGGGUUGGACGGAGGAGGAAUACGUUGACAUCUAUGAGAGUUGCGUUGAGAUCAUCCAGGAGGUCAAGCCUUCGACGAUUGCAAUUGACUUCUUCUUCCUUCAAGGCAGAGAUGCUGCCUACAACACGGGCCAUACAGCCAUCCUGAUUAAUACAACCUCCCUGAGUCACAUUGUGCUCGGAAUGCAACCCAACUCGGCUGCUCUAUGGAAAUACCCCCUGUGA